AUGACCAAUCGACUGGCCUUGAACCACAUCCUGACCACCCAGCUGCGAAGGGACUGGGAACAGGAGGAGAGUGCCAAGACCAGGCUGUCGCAGCUGACCAGGAGGGACAGGAUCAAGGCUUCGCUAAGAUCAAGCCAGUUGCCAGGACGUUACUUGUUGCCCGACACCAGAAAGACUUACGACAAUAUGGUGGCCAAUAUACACUCGACCAUGAAGUCGGUUCGAUCACCUAGAAAACCUCGACCAACUGUGCCAUUGCCCACAUCUGGGAAUCCGAGUGCAGCACCAGCAGUUGCACCACCACUGCCAACGAAUUUGGUGUCCAAGCACCCGAAACGCAGCAAAUCGGGGCGCAUACGGGGUGGCGCCAACUCCUCAAAGGCGGACAGUGGCCAUGGCAUCGCCGCCAAUACGAACCACAAAUCAUUGGCGACGAUCAAAGCCAACAUCAACCAGAGUACGAAGAGAUCGAGGGGCUUUGAACAGAACAGCCGCAUCCGAGAGGUCAUUCAACAGAAGAAGGUGCUGGAGACCAUGUUGCAGCAGCACAAGAAGCUGCAAAGCGAUCGUCACACCAUAGCAAUGGACAUCCAGCGAAUGCGUGCCGAUCUGGACAGGAUUCGCACCAAGCUGGACACCUCCCUGCAGAGCCUUAACUCCACGCGCACCCUCUUCAAUUCCGCCAACAAGGCGAGUCUGAGAAAGGCCAACGUCCUGCCGAAGCAAAACACGCACAACGUGGUGACCUCCACCCAUCGGCGCUCUGGGGGAAAGCGAAAGGUGCGGACCGUUGCCAUUCCGAUGAACCGGCAAAGUGUGCUGGCCAACAAGGCGCCCAUCCUCAAGCGAAGGGUUCGCUGAAAUACAAAGCACAACAAAAAAUUUAAUUCAUUUAAACUUCUGCAAAAUAAUAUGUAAAUUUCAAACUAAGGCAAUACUUGUUUCUCCAAAUAAAUUAUUCUUCUACUUUAAAAAUAAAA